AUACCCAAAGCCGCGGUGCGGAGCAUCGAACUAAAUGACAGUGAGGCGAGGUUCGCGCACGCGCACCCAGCAAAUCAAAGCAAGUAGCUUCCACAGAUUAAUCAAGGUUUCGUACCAGUAAAGCGUCCAGCGGUAACUUUUAAGUGUUUAAUUGUGCUGUGUUUUCGACGUUUUCCGAGUGCCAAACAGGGAUGUAGGGAUCAGACAAGGUCGUUUUUCGGGUUUUCGGUCCGGCGAUCCAUUCAGAAUAAGGCCGGCAAAGGUCGCGUGAAGGAUUGACCUAAAGUCAUGGCCGACGACGAACAGUGCUCCUACUUUGUGCGCAACAGGCUCUAGGUCAGGUAUCUCUUGUGCUACACACACCCCCUUCGUUCGAGUGCAAAGUGUACCCUUUUCACCCCCAGUCUUGUGCCGAUCGAAAGCUCGGCGGAUUCCGCCGACAAACGCAUGCAUACUAGCUGAGACAACCUACAAAACUGGACAACCAAAACCGAUUGCAGUGUAAAAAGAUCAAAAUCUACAAGUUCGGCCAGAACCAGCAAUGUGAUGAAGCUGGAGAGGACGAUGACGGACCAAAACGAAGCCUGGAUCGGCCCUUAGGAACGGCCUCAUGGAUAGCCAUGGAGGCCAAUCCAUGCCGCGCGCGCACCGACCUCGGGCGCCAAUGAUGAGCACCCCAGUGCCAUUGACAGCACCCCUAGGUCCGCUGCGGCCACCACCGCCAGUCACCCUGACUGCACCACGUCCCGAUAAUGAACGAGUCACCAACGAGUACGUCGAGACCCCCUUCAGAGCUACGCCCCCAAGUCCGCCUCCCACGCCACCGAGGGCGCCAAGGCCCAGACGCCUGGACAUACCGCCGCCACUGCCGCCGAUCACGAAGCAGCCGCCCACCAGCCUCAGCUUCCAGAAGGAACGGGCGGAGCAGUGCAUGCAAAGUACUUCAAUUAUAUGUUCGGAGUGCGGCCGGUGUCGGUGCGCAAGCUGCCAAAGACCUAGACCAUUGCCGGAGAAGUGGGUAUGCGGGAACUGUCUGGUGUCAGCGGACACCAUCAUCGACUACACCUCGUGCCUGUGUUGUGUCAAAGGACUGUUCUAUCAUUGUUCAGAGACGGACGGUGGUGCCGGCGACUCUUGUGCGGACAAUCCCUGCGGUUGUGGACCCAACAAAAGGGCGGCCAGAUGGGGCUGUCUUGGUGCACUCGCGUGCGUCCUACCCUGCUUGUGGCUCUACUGGCCUCUGCGAGGUUGUAAACGGGUUGUGGAGGUCUGUUACGCGCAACAUUCGAGGUCGGGCUGUCGGUGCCAACCCACCGUGCCCACGCCGGAGAAGAGGCUCUUGGACUCCAGUCCCGACCUCUAGAACAACGUGGCUUAGACCCACCAGGAACUGAGCGGUGCAUCUCCAACCCGCCCCCUCUCCGACACUGUCCCAUCCGAUCGGAUAGGCCUGUGUCGCGACUGCCUAAUGAGUACCUAUACUACUAUACUUUAUACAUUAUUAAUUUAUUUUUGUAAAUAUCUAGGUAUACCUAUUUUAACUUGUCUAAAUGAAAGAUAUUCCGUGCUUGUUAAGGGUGUCUCCAGCGGUAGAUGUAGAAGAUCGAAGUUUUAGGCUCAACGGCACCUCCAACGACUUCCAUUCCACCCAAUCGACGAACUUAACUUCUUCAACACCGUCGUUGGAGGUUGUCGACGAGUCAUCUUCGAUCGCGAAUCGCAGGAAGUCAGUUGUAUGUAAUAUAUCGUUGGAGGCAUCAGACUUCCAGUAUUAUCUAGUCCUGUGCGCUGACUGUGUCGCUUCCAUCUAGGGCCGGUGUAUGAUCCAUACAGCUGUCCUGUUAACACCUCCCACUAAGACUAUGGACCACCAGAACAACCUCCAUCAUCAUUUUCGAUGAUGCAGCUUCAGCCAAAUCACCUCUUCAUGUCAAGGCUCUUUUGUCUGCCCUUAUCAUCUCUUCUUGUGUCUCUCUUACUGAGCAGCGUAAACAUCAUUCAAUAUCUGAUUGAGAAUGGGCUUUAGACCCUUCGCACCUUGUCCAAAAUUGCAAAUUCAGGUCUUAAAGAAGACGAGUACAAAUUUUCGACACGAAGAGUUGAUUUGCAGCUGCUGCAUUACUCUGAGUCCAUCGUUUUAGUGAGAUGUGACGUCCACAGCCCUGUAUAUACUUUAAUAUAUAUAUUUAUGUUAACCGGCAGCCUCAAUCAGUCAAAACCUGGUGGCAUCCGACGUUGUAAGCCUUCCGGUAAUUGGGAUGUGGCUAUUUUCGAAGCAGAGUGUGCUAGAGUGCCUGUAUGAAUGUUUAUACCACCUCGAUACUCUCCAAUGAGCGUCGCUGUUUAAACUGAAGGUACACAGUCGGAUAUUUUGCCUCGUGAACGAAAUUAUACUAAUCUGAUGUAUUCUUUACUUAAUCAUUCCAGAAUGUGAAUUUUUGCUUAGAUAGUCGAAGUAGUUACAUAGAUGAAAUCAGGUUAGAACGCGCAACACUUUCGUAAGACUCUAAACCUACGGUCAAAUUAUUUCGUGGUGUGGAAAGUAGACCCUUACGCAUCGCGACAAAAAUCAAGAAGCUUAAUCUCGGUGACCAUGUUGGAACAUGAUUCAGAGAUGCUUUGGUUGGAUAUUAACAUUGAUCAAUUAUAAAGCCGUCCAGUAUUCGAACGGAGAAGUAAAUUAGCUGUUAUGAAUUACCUAUCUUAGAGAAGGGUGUGAUAAUUGAAGUGAAAAAUGAUCGUGCCUUGUAAAUUGAUCGGAUAUAUUUUUUGAAAGUGAAUAAAAUUGUAAUACUAAACGCCGCGUGGUAGAGAAGCUUCUGGAGAGUAUCGAGGUUAAUUUCCAUUUUAUAAAAAGGUCCGAGGAUAGGCUGUUCUAUGUACAAUACAUCUAAUACACAACUCACAAAUAACGCAUAUAUAAAUAUUUUUACAAAAUGUCUAUUCAGUAUGCGAAAGAGUUCAUUGUUAGAGCGUAGCUUCGCGAUUCGAAAUAACUGUUAUAGACUACCCAGACGUUCAGACUUGAAUUUGUUUGAAAUUAUUUUGUAUUAAAAAGUCAACGGCUGACUGUGAUAAAGGGAUAAAGAUAAGCUAUGCUUUAUCAAAGAACUCUUUAUUCGCAUAAUCGUUCAUGAAACCAUACAUACAUUAGAGGAGUUAUCUCGACAGCUAUUCGAUGUAGAUACAAGAUGAAUAUAUAUGAAAUUUUCAACAGUUAGAACAUGUUAUUCCAAAUGUAUUAGUCUCAAGAGCUUUUCAAAUAUCAGACUUUUAAAAGCAAUGUUACUUUAUGUUUUAUCUUUUCUUAUCUAACCAUUUUCAAUGUUAGAAUUUUCAUGUUUAACGAAUAUCAUCAAUGUUUAUUACAUAAUCUUUAAUACUUAGUGGUAAUUAGUGCUGACUAUUUAUAUUCUACGAUCAUUUUCGAUUGAUAACUCUCGAGUUGUGUGUUGGUCCUUAAAAGUAGAAAAGUUCCAAUAUUUUUUUAUUACGUGUACCUUAUGUUUUUAAAAUGGUUGUGUUCAUAGGCGUCCAUCGAGAACAGUUUUAUUUGAAAAUGUAUUUCACCAUUCAUUCCAAUGUUGUUUUUAUCCCGUUGAAAUUGAUUUCGAUUGAACAAACGUUCUACAUUAGUUCUUUUUGUGAUAUUUCGAUUUUUUUUUUUUUGUUACUUUCGGUGGGUGCCUUUUGGAGCCUAUAUGUGAAAUUUUGCAUGGAAUAGAAAUUCUCAAUCGUUCUAGUGUAAUUCGUUCCAGGUAUGUUAUUCGAUUGGAAUUCCUGAUUCCGUUGAAUAUUUUAUUAUGAUGUUCAGAAAAGGAGGGCAAUACUCUCACAGGAUGUGCCAAACCGGCGCAAGAUCUUUAUAAAACUUGUAUACUUGUAUAUAUAAAAUUGUAAUAUUAUCUAAUGUUAAUAACAAGUCAAUGUUAAACAUUA